AAGGUAAUUUGCAUGCAACAGUUUCAUUGGUUGAAUGAGAAAGACUGCAGAUUUGGUGGAAAAUGAAUGUGGCCACACACCUCUUUAUAUGGAAACCCCUUGCGAAGAUUUGAAAGUGAUGCAAAUAAUAAGAGACAGCAAAAGCAACUGAGUGAAGCAGCGGUUAAGAGUUUAAAGGCAAUAACAUCAUUUCUCAUAGAAAAGAUGCCUCAGCCACUAGACAGUGAUCAUUCUGACAGUGACACUUCUAGUUCUGAUGAUGAAAACUUUCUACCCACAAAUGACAUUUCAAUGCCACUGCCCCAAAAUGAGAAGGUCAUUAAUGAAGACACAGAAAUGCCAACAGUAGCAAUGGAUACAGAAUCUACACUCAAUUUAGAGACUGCGCAGAAAGAAAAUGAAGACCUUGGAGAUGCCAUGCAGCAAGAGCAAGAGCUUAUGACUAGCACAGAACACAGUGUAACAACAGUGGCAUCAGAACUUGAUAUUGGACUUCUUGAUGAGAACAAUGUUGCUCAAAUGCAGUCAUUUCUCAGAAUUAGUUUUUUUCAGAUUCCAAGUAAUAUACCAAAUGAUGAAAAUCAUGUUUUUCCCACUUAUCUGCUGAUAAAACCUCUUCCAAGUGGAGAGAUCUGCACAAGAUACUGGCUUUGCUGGAGCAUGGAAAAGCAGGCUCUGUACUGUAUAUGUACCCUGUUUCAUUUUUAAUAGUAAUACUUCAAAUGCAUCAGUACU